GCCCCGCCCAUGAGGGCGCCCCGCGACCACCGCCGGCGGCGGCCCGGGGCGGCGCGGCGCUGAGGUAGCGGCGGGGGCGCUGCCCGCUCUGCGGACGGGCGGCCUCGGGCCUCCCCGAGGGCACCAUGGAGGUGAAUGCGGGAGGUGUGAUUGCCUACAUCAGUUCUUCCAGCUCAGCGUCCAGCCCUGCCUCUUGUCACAGUGAGGGCUCCGAGAACAGUUUCCAGUCCAACUCCUCCUCUGUCCCGUCUUCUCCAAACAGCACUCACUCUGAUAGCAAUGGGAACCCCAAAAAUGGUGAUCUCUCCAAUAUUGAAGGCAUCCUGAAGAACGAUCGAAUAGAUUGUUCUAUGAAAACCAGCAAAUCGAGCGCCCCUGGGCUGACAAAGAGUCACAGUGGAGUCACAAAAUUCAGUGGCAUGGUUCUCCUGUGUAAAGUCUGCGGGGACGUGGCCUCAGGAUUCCACUACGGCGUUCAUGCUUGUGAAGGCUGUAAGGGUUUUUUCCGGAGAAGCAUUCAGCAAAACAUUCAGUACAAGAAGUGCCUGAAGAAUGAAAACUGCUCUAUAAUGAGAAUGAAUAGGAACAGAUGCCAGCAGUGUCGCUUCAAAAAGUGUCUGUCUGUUGGGAUGUCAAGAGAUGCUGUUCGGUUUGGGCGCAUUCCUAAGCGUGAAAAGCAGCGCAUGCUGAUCGAGAUGCAGAGUGCGAUGAGGACCAUGAUGGACAGCCAGCUCAGUGGUCGUUUGCACAGUGACCCUUUAGCAGACCACCAUGAGCAGAUCGCCUUGCCAGCCCAGGAACAACCGCGACCCAAACCCCAGCUGGAGCCGGACAACAGCAAAAGCUCUUCUCCCUCCUCCGCCGAUUUUGCGAAGGAGGAAGUGAUCGGCAUGGUAACCAGAGCGCACAAGGACACCUUCAUGUAUAAUCAGGAGCCGCGCGAAAGCUCAGCGGAGACCUCGGCGCCGCCGCGAGAGCGGAUCCCUAAGAACCCGGAGCCGUACAGCGUGAGCCACGAGCACUGUGUGGGCGGGCCGCGCGGCCGCUUCCCCUGCGCCGAGAGCCCGCCGCAUCUCAGCGGGCUCUACAAGGGCCGGAGCGGCGUGCACUACCCCGGCGGGCACGGCGUCUGUGUGGCGGGCGGACACUGCGUGAGCUUCCCCGGCGCUUAUACUCAGAGAGUGUGUGACAGAGUUUCCAUGGAUGGGUUUUCUCAGAAUGAGAACAAGAACGGUUUCCUGUGCAACACUGGCGGGAGAAUGCACCUGGUUUGUCCAAUGAGUAAGUCUCCGUACGUAGAUCCUCAUAAAUCGGGACAUGAAAUCUGGGAAGAAUUUUCCAUGAGCUUCACCCCAGCAGUGAAGGAAGUGGUGGAGUUUGCAAAGCGCAUUCCUGGGUUCAGAGAUCUCUCGCAGCACGACCAGGUCAACCUUUUAAAGGCUGGGACUUUUGAGGUUUUAAUGGUACGGUUUGCGUCAUUGUUUGAUGCAAAGGAACGUACCGUCACCUUUUUAAGUGGAAAGAAGUAUAGUGUGGAUGAUUUACACUCAAUGGGAGCAGGGGAUCUGCUAAACUCUAUGUUUGAAUUUAGUGAGAAGCUAAAUGCCCUCCAACUUAGUGAUGAAGAGAUGAGUCUGUUUACAGCAGUUGUCCUGGUCUCUGCAGAUCGAUCGGGGAUAGAAAACGUCAACUCCGUGGAGGCUUUGCAGGAAACGCUCAUCCGCGCGCUAAGGACCUUAAUAAUGAAAAACCACCCAAACGAGGCCUCUAUUUUUACAAAACUUCUCCUAAAGUUGCCAGAUCUUCGCUCUUUAAACAACAUGCACUCUGAGGAGCUCCUGGCCUUUAAAGUUCACCCCUAAGGCCUUCGCUGAUUUAGACAUGAACCGACCCAGGCUAACUGUACAUUUUGUGCUGAAUGCUUAUUUCUCUGUGCGUGCCGUCUGCGGAGGUGGAGACCUCGGAGACGAGGAGCCCGCAGGCCGUCUCCGCAGUCGGCCGCAGCCGUCCGCCGCAUUUCCUCAGCCCUGGCCGGAGGCUGACCGCGUCCCGAGUGACCCGUCAACUGUGCGGCACUUAACUGGAGAAGCUACACUGAAUUACAGUCACACUGAAUGUUAGACUUUCUCAUCUGCCAAAACCAAAAACCAUUUGAUCUCCCUGUGACAUAAAUGUAAGGCAUAAUCACAAGUAUCUGAGGACCUAAAGUUACCCCUCUGUGGUGGAAGUUACCCCUCCUGUCAGAUGGAAGCCUGAUUUCACCACAGGACUCUGAUCUGCUGGUUGAGGCCCUGCGAGUGAGGAGACUUCGGUGUGGGCGCCCCCGUCGUCGUCGUGAGCGUGCUCGGUCCUGGGAGGCUCCCUGCUUGUGGAAAUGAGAGCCGAUCCUUCCCCCAGGCCCACCUGACACAUGCUAACCAACAUCUGUAAAGCAUCUUUACCUCUUGGGAGAUAGGCACUAUGUAAAUACAGUAAAAUUUUUGUUAUAAUUAUUCAUAAUAAUUAUCUUUUUUUUUUAACUUCUACUGUUUUCUGAGAAAUCAUUUCAGUCCACACCAAUCUGCUAUUCAGGGUUCCUGCAUAUGUGUGGGGUAUCCUCUGGCACACACAUAUUCAAAGAUUAUGGGUACAUUAAAUACAUAGUAUGUGUACAUAAUAUCUAUGUGAAUAUAGUUAUACAUAAAUAUAUCUCUUCACAAUAUUUUAAACUGUGAAGAACUUUAUCAUACAAUAAACUUAAAACAAGAGGUGUCAAAAGACCCAGAUUAGGUGCAUUUUACCUGUUGAUAACAUAACCAUUGCUUUAAAUGUUUAGAGAGUAGAGUGCUGAAUUUAUGCUCUAUUUUUGUUUAUUUAAGCACCACUUAAUGUAAAAGUGCAACAGGCAGUUGAGUCCAGAUUUUCAAAAAAUUUGUGUUUUAGAGUUCAUCUUUAGUAAAAUUUUUGGUUUCAGGUACUGGUCAUUUAAAAGUUCAUUCAGAUUCUUACCUUGUGCUAAAAAGGUUUCAUUGCUGCCCCUUAAUACACAUGCUGCAGCUUGAUGAUAAACAUUUUGAUUCUUUUCUGGAGAACUGAUGUUUAAGAAAACAGUUUCACGUGUUGAUGUGUGCCUGUGUGUGAAUGUAGAUGUGCAGGUGUGUUCUGAAGCCACUUGUUUUGUUUUUUCCCCUAAACAACACUACAGGGAUUUUGUCAAAUUAGAUUUAACCUAUAAUUUGAAAAAUCAUUUAGUGUGUGACCUACAGGCUUAGGAAUAGUAUAGUCAAAGACAUUUCAUCCUUAUUUCUGUUCUUGGGCUUUAUUAAAUAGCUAAGAUUGGCCUUUUUAUGGCAGUUGGAGAAAAUCACCUGAAAGUUGAGGAUUUUGUGUAUGUUUUUCUGUUGCCCUGCAAGAUAGCAGCUAAUUGGAUUCUUUGGGUUAAGAUUGCCUUCUGUAUAAUUUUUAGAUUAUAUAAAAUUACAAAAAUGAAAAGGUCCCCUUUACUGUCUCAGCCUGUUCCUUUAAUGACAUGUGAGCAGAAUGCCUUAUUUUGUAACCUUGUUUAACUUGUUGCUACUAGGACUUGAAUUUCUGUGGCACUAGUUAAGUAAGUUAAAAAAGUUAAACCCCCUCUUUAUUAAAGAGGAAAGGUGAUGGUGAUGUCUGUAGUACAAGGUAAACCAUAAUUGUGAUUUACCUUAAAUAGGUAUGACUUUUAUGGGAUAUACAGUAUAGUUUUUGUGAAUUCUUUACAUGAUAGCAUUAUCUUUUUAUAAUUUUUUUCCGAAGAUAAAUGCAUAGUUUUCUUCUAUGGGAAAUAGAAACAGCUUUUUGAUGUAAUACUGAAAACCUCAAAGAUCAUGUUGUUUCUUAAUUUUUGCCUUUUGCAUAAGCCUCUUUAUAACAUAUAUCUUUAAAGCAGUUACUAAGUCUUUAGGAAUGUGUAACCAGAACUAUGUUAGUAUUGCUUAUAAAACUUUAGUUAGGUUCAAUAUAUACAUGUAUACAUCUAUAUAUAGGUAUAGAGAUUUGCAUUUUGUCUUGUAAAAUUUUAUUUGAACAAAUUCUUCCUGUAGGUAAUGGGAAACAAAUUUAAUAGUUCAUAUGCCACUCUUAGCGUUUCUAUAUUUGAAAAUAGCCCACGAUUUAAAUUUGUAAUUCUAAAGUUAAACCAGCAGCCUACUACAAGCACAUUCUUUGAUUGAGUCAUUGGUUAUAAACUUACUGUUGAUAAAUGUGUAGAAGACAACCAGUUUGGGGAACUUCUGAGUUUGUGGGACACUGUCGAUUAAUUAACAAUGUACUGUAUGAAUUAAGUGAUGCUUUAACUCUGAUUUUACAUUUUAAAGUUAAGACAUGGGCAUUAUGUCAGCAAACUUAAGGGCAUUAUGUCAGCAAGCUAAAACAUUUUUUUCUUGUGCUUUUAAUGUAUCUCCUUACAUGAUCUUAGAGACAAUUCAAGCCUUUAGAGAGAAAUAGCUGAGGAAAAGGGGAAACAUCUUCUUGGGAUGAAGCUUUUCCUUAUGGCGAUGGUUUAAUUACAGAUUCAAAAAUCAGAAGGAAAUUUCAGUGGAUUAAGUGUAUAGCUUCUGUAAACACAUUUCAAGAAAUUACCAUUGUAACUUGAUAAGAUACGAUUUUUUUUUAUGUAAACAUCAUUGCAAAGCAAGGAGUAGAAGCUCAGCUAGAUUUAUUACUGUGCACGAGAGUAAGUACCUAUCUCAAUUAUUCUUUUUCUUUUCCAAUAUAAAGUUUGCUGAAUGUACAAGAAGAGUUUAUCACUUAGGGCAUAGAAUUUUUUAGGGGUUGGGAGGGGGGAGCUCUGUGAGGCAAUUACCUAGAAACAAAGAUUGUCUUGGUUUGAUCUGAAAUGUAAAACUUGAAGCUAUUCUUGAACUAACAUGGAAAAAUAAAAUGGCUAUUGUUUAAAAAAAUGAUAGAACUAUAUUGUUGACAAGAUAUGAAUUAAGUUUAUUUUCUACAAACUGUUAUUGAUGAAGACAUGGAUAAUAUGUUCAUGUUUCUGAAAAGUAAUCUGUACAUGGGGGGAGGGAAUAAUAAAUAUUAUUUCUAACCA